UUCUCUUCUACGCUUUUCUCGGCACAUGGAUCGCUUUCCUAUUGUCAAGAAAGAUCGUCACUUCACGAAGUUUAGGAGCAUCAAGAAUGAAGAUUAUCGGGUUUUACAUCACAUUCUUUAUAUGUUUCGUGCCAGCUCUAGUAACAGCUCCAGACAUAUUCAUAUGGGAAUUUACCAGAGAGUAUUGCUACAGUGUUUACUGAGGCAGCCAGAAUAUGGGAUGCUUAUUGGAUGGUUUUCCUGCCCAACUCACGAUUGCAAUAAUGAGUGGGACAAACAUUGGAUAGCUGGCAUACAUUUUAUGGAGAAGGUAACUCUUGAAAAUACACACUUCAAUGCCUUUCUCAACGGGCCUUUACUUAUCAAGAAAUUUCUCCCCAUGUAUGAUGGAAGAUACUUCAUCAUGCGAGUGAGGACAGAUACAGGAGCCAAGACAAGUAUUUACCAUCGUAAAGUAGUACAAGGUAAUGUUUACCUCUUAAAUAUUCUGUUUUAUGUGCUGUCUCUAUGCGUCCUUCUGUCUAUUUUCUGUUUCAAUGUAAAGGGAAUUGGAGUCCUGACUUCUUUACCAAUAUUCAUCAUUUUUGCCCUUACCCGUUUCUAG